GCGCCCGAACCAUUCUCACAGAGACUCGUCACCCAGGCUCCGGUGAGAACAAACCCCCUCCCUAGAACCGACACCGAACCUUCCAGAACCACCCUUUACGGACUCGCAGAACCACCGCCACCAUGAGAGAAUGUAUAUCAGUUCACGUUGGACAGGCUGGAGUGCAGAUGGGAAAUGCCUGCUGGGAGUUGUACUGUCUGGAGCAUGGAAUCCAGCCGGACGGACGGAUGCCCAGCGAUAAGAACAUUGGUGGAGGAGACGAUUCCUUCACAACUUUUUUUAGUGACACAGGGUCCGGUAAAUAUGUCCCUCGUGCCAUAUUUGUUGACCUGGAACCUACUGUCAUUGAUGAGGUGCGGACAGGAACGUAUAAGCAGCUAUUCCACCCGGAGCAACUCAUAAGUGGAAAAGAAGAUGCAGCAAAUAACUACGCCCGAGGUCAUUACACCAUUGGAAAAGAGAUCAUCGAUUCUGUUCUUGACAGAAUCCGCAAGCUGGCUGAUCAAUGCGCUGGACUACAGGGAUUUUUGGUCUUUCACAGUUUUGGGGGUGGCACAGGCUCUGGUUUCACCUCCCUGCUGAUGGAACGACUCUCUGUUGAUUUUGGCAAGAAGUCAAAGUUGGAAUUCGCAAUCUACCCAGCUCCUCAGAUCUCCACAGCUGUAGUUGAACCAUACAAUGCCAUCCUGACCACCCACACCACAUUGGAGCACUCUGACUGUGCUUUCAUGGUGGACAACGAGGCCAUUUAUGAUAUCUGCCGUAGGAACCUGGAUAUUGAGCGUCCAACCUAUACUAAUCUCAAUCGCCUCAUCAGCCAGAUUGUGUCAUCCAUCACAGCCUCCCUUAGAUUUGAUGGAGCUCUGAAUGUGGACUUGACAGAGUUCCAGACCAACUUGGUGCCCUAUCCCCGAAUCCACUUCCCAUUGGCCACUUAUGCCCCUGUUAUCUCUGCAGAGAGGGCUUAUCAUGAGCAGAUUUCUGUGUCUGAGAUAACCAAUGCUUGCUUUGAACCAGCCAACCAGAUGGUGAAAUGUGACCCCCGUCACGGUAAAUACAUGGCUUGCUGCUUGCUCUACAGAGGUGAUGUGGUGCCUAAGGAUGUCAACACUGCCAUUGCUAUAAUUAAAACCAAGCGCUCCAUCCAGUUUGUGGACUGGUGCCCAACCGGUUUCAAGGUUGGUAUCAACUACCAGCCCCCCACUGUGGUACCAGGUGGAGAUCUGGCCAAGGUACAGCGUGCCGUGUGCAUGUUGAGUAACACAACAGCCAUCGCUGAGGCCUGGGCUCGCCUGGACCACAAGUUUGACCUGAUGUAUGCCAAGCGUGCCUUUGUGCACUGGUAUGUGGGAGAAGGAAUGGAGGAAGGAGAAUUCUCUGAGGCCCGAGAAGACAUGGCUGCUCUGGAGAAGGAUUAUGAAGAAGUUGGAAUCGACUCCUACGAAGAAGAGGAGGAAGGAGAGGAAUGAAUGAAUGAAUAAAUAAAUACUUGCCAGUUGCCCCUCCCCAUGCUUCCAUUUUGUUUAAUUCCAUAAGUUAAAGGAGAAAACCCUUUUACAUUCACUGUCUUUUAAACAAUAAACCAAUCAAGGUUAGAAA